ACCCUAAUUUUUCAUAUGAUAAUAUUGCAAUUGCACCAUUGCUACCUGCCACCCCGGAGGAAUCGCGGACGACCCAGGAUGAAGGGGCUCUUCAAGUCCAAACCCCGUACGCCGGCCGAGCUCGUCCAGCUCACGCGCGAACUCCUCAUCUACGCCCAAACCAACACCGAGACCCGCCAACGCAAGCGCGCCGGGAAGAUGGCUAUACUUGCUAAUCUUAUUUUGGAGAUGAGAACAACCCUUUUUGGAAAUGGGCAAGCAGAGCCUAGUGCAGAAGCCUGUGCCCAAGUGACUCUGGAGUUCUUUAACAAUGAUACGUUUCGGCUCCUAAUCAACUGCCUUCCAAAAUUGGAUUUAGGGGCCCGCCAGGAUGCUACUCAUGUCAUUGCAAAUUUGCAAAGACAACGCGUGAAUUCAAAGCUAAUUGCUUCUGAGUAUAUGGAAAAUAAUUUUGAGAUUUUGGAUAUUUUGAUACUUGGUUAUGAAGAUAAUGAUAUUGCUCUAACUUAUGGUGCUAUUACAAGGGAGUGCAUCCGUCAUCAGAGCGUUGCUAAGUACGUGCUGGAAUCAGAUCACAUGAAGAAAUUUUUUGAUUAUUUACAGAUUCCAAAUUUUGAGAUAGUAUCUGAUGUUCAGGCAACCUUUAAAGAACUUAUGACAAGGCAUAAAUCUACUGUGGCUGAAUUCCUUUCUAAAAAUUUUGAUUGGUUUUUUGAGGAAUACAAUUCAAAACUGCUGGAGUCUUCGAGUUACAUCACCAGACGGCAUGCUAUUAAGCUACUUGGUGAUAUGUUACUCGAUCGCACGAACUCUGCUGUGAUGGUUCGAUAUGUGAGCUCUGUAGAUAACAUGAGGAUCCUGAUGAAUCUUCUCAGGGAUUCAAACAAGACAAUUAAAUUAGAAACGUUUCAUGUGUUCAAGCUAUUUGUUGCCAAUCAAAAUAAGCCUCCAGAGAUCAUCAGCGUACUUGUUACAAAUAGAAGCAAGCUUCUACGAUUCCUUGGCGAAUUCAACAUAGAAAAAGAGGAUGACCAAUUCGAAGCGGACAAAUUACAAAUCAUCGAAGAGAUUGCCACACUAGAACUCAAGGACCGUCCAGACCAGGAUUCAAAUAAUUUUGAUUCUCCAAGUUAAUUCUAAUUCAGUUAUUUAUUAGCUUAAUUAUUUUAUGAUAUAUGAAUGGAUACUCUUUGGCACCUUGCCUGUUUGUUGGCCUUCAUUAUUUUAUUAAGGAGUUAAAGGGGAUCAGUUUCUGUGUAAAUAAACAGAAUAGCUUGCACAUUUUGUUCAGAAUUCCAGUGUUGUGUUUUUCUAACAGAUGUAUUUAGGUUCUUUCAGCCGUUCUAAUGAAACCGCGAUCCAUUG